AUUUUAAAAAUGUGUAUCAAUUUAAUACAUUCUCUUAUGGCUUUUAGUUUUUGUUUCAUUUAAAAAGGCCCAAUUGGAGAGUACAGAAAUAAUUCAUUAUUUUGUUUUUACAUUUAAAGUCUUUGAUCCUUUCGGAAAUUUUAGGAUAAGGUUAGGAGGUAUGCAGGCUUACUUUUGAUGCAAAGAUGUAUAUAUUGUGAUAUAAUGUGUAUAUUGUAUUAGGACUAUAAGUGACUUGGAAAGAGUAGAGUAGUUCCUGUAUUGCCUUUCUCUUUACGGGAGUCAUUGCAAAUUUUUUCACAGAUAAAAUAAUACUUGUCUGUAGGAAACUUGGGAAAAUAACAGGAGGAAAUGAAAAUCAUCAAAAUCACCCAUGGUCCUAGUGUGUAUGUGCAUAUACAUAUGCACAUACUCAUACUGUAUCGUAAAUUUUUUAUCACUUGAGACUAACACAGGAACAUAGAUUUAGAAAAUACUUUAAAUGGAUGCUUAAGUAUUGUGUCUGAAUUUUUGUUUUUCAACCAUCCUAAUGCUUUUUGGAGGAGAAAUCUAGGACCUUUAAAGAAACACAUGGCCUCAGUUUUAGGCUUACCUUUAAAUCCUGAGCAGUUUUGGAGAGCCCAAAUAGAUGAGACGUCAGCAUUCCUGCGAGCCUGGCACCCAGCGGGUCUCGACCCGAAGUGGCCAAGGAGCUGAGUGGACUAAGAAGUCGAACGCCUCCACCCGCCCCCGCCUGGCCGCCGCCGGGCCUUGGACCCCGCCUCCCGGCUUGGCCCUGUCCGGUAACAGUGCCCCCUAGCGGCAGCGGCGAGGAGGGCUGAGUGCGCGGCUGUGGCGGCUGUGGGAAUGCCCCGCAUAGCUGGGCAGGUCAGCCAACGAGUCCUUCUCUUCUGACAAGUCCUUUUAAUGGCUUUUGGAGCCGCUUGCUUUUAUGAGGCCUGUGUCCGCUUCUGCGGUGUUUUGCUGCACUCCCCGACUUCAAGUGCAUUAGUGUGGCCCGGCCAGGCCUGGCGCUGCGGAAGACCGCCAGGCGGGCCGAGGCUCAGCCCCGGCGGCUGGGGCUCGUUUCUGCACCCCACUCUUUCGCCACUCUGUUUGGGGCCUUUUGAGAAGUUUUGAACUUCCGGGGUUGGCUCGCCCGCGUUUGUGGUGUGGUGGGUGGCCGAGGGGCGUUGCUGUGCCCUGCGCUUGGGCGCGGCCCUUUAAACUUUGUUUUUUUAAACUUCGGGGGUGUGGUCGCUGCGCCUCGUCUCUCCCGGGCUGGUUGUUCUCUGGCCACCCGGUCCUUCCCUCCGCCCCGCCUUCCAGAUGCUUUGGAGUCAUGAGCCGGGAGGGCGCAGGGACCCCUCUGGUGGCCGAGGUGAUCAAAGAUCGCCUUUGUUUUGCCAUUCUCUACAGCAGACCAAAGAGUUCAUCAAAUGUACAUUAUUUCAGCAUAGAUAAUGAACUUGAAUAUGAGAACUUCUACGCAGAUUUUGGACCACUCAAUCUGGCAAUGGUUUACAGAUACUGUUGCAAGAUAAAUAAGAAAUUAAAGUCCAUCACAAUGAUGAGGAAGAAAAUUAUUCAUUUUACUGGCUCUGAUCAGAGAAAACAAGCAAAUGCUGCUUUCCUUAUUGGAUGUUAUAUGGUUAUAUAUUUGGGGAGGACUCCAGAAGAAGCAUAUAGAAUAUUAAUGUGUGGAAAUACAUCCUAUAUUCCUUUCAGAGAUGCUGCCUAUGGAAGUUGCAAUUUCUACAUUACACUUCUUGACUGUUUUCAUGCAGUAAAGAAGGCAAUGCAGUAUGACUUCCUUAAUUUCAACACAUUUAACCUUGAUGAAUAUGAACACUAUGAAAAAGCAGAAAAUGGAGAUUUAAAUUGGAUAAUACCAGACCGAUUUAUUGCCUUCUGUGGACCUCAUUCAAGAACCAGACUUGAAAGUGGUUACCACCAACAUUCUCCUGAGGCUUAUAUUCCAUAUUUUAAGAAUCACAACGUUACUACUAUUAUUCGUCUGAAUAAAAGGAUGUAUGAUGCCAAACGCUUUACGAAUGCUGGUUUCGAUCACUAUGACCUUUUCUUUGCGGAUGGCAGCACCCCUACUGAUGCCAUCGUCAAAGAAUUUUUGGAUAUUUGUGAAAAUGCGGAGGGUGCCAUUGCAGUACAUUGUAAAGCUGGCCUUGGACGAACGGGCACUCUAAUAGCCUGCUACAUCAUGAAGCAUUACAGGAUGACAGCAGCCGAGACCAUUGCUUGGGUCAGAAUCUGCAGACCUGGCUCAGUGAUUGGGCCUCAGCAACAGUUUUUGGUGAUGAAACAGGCAAGCCUCUGGUUGGAAGGUGACUAUUUUCGUCAAAAGUUAAGGGGUCAGGAGAAUGGAAAACACAGAGCAGCUGUCUCAAAACUCCUCUUGGCUGUUGAUGACAUUUCAAUCAAUGGGGUCGAGAAUCAAGACAAGCAAGAACCUGAACUGUACAGUGAUGAUGACGAAAUCCAUGGAGUGACACAAGGUGAUAGACUUCGUGCCCUGAAAAGCAGAAGACAGUCAAAAACAAACGCUAUUCCCCUCACAUGUUCCCUAGCUGUGCUGACCUCUGCACUGUGUAGUGUUGUCAUCUGGUGGAUUGUUUGUGACUACAUUCUUCCCAUCCUGCUAUUCUGUCUCGAUGGUUUCAGAACACAGUAGCCGUCGGGACCCUUUGACAAAUAGCUGCUGUUCCCUCCAUUUCAAGGACUAAAACAGUCUUGCGUUAAGUAAAAACCUGUGACCAGAACUGAAGGAAGACUCUAGGAACAGAAACCUACAGCAGAACUUAGCACAAUUUAUUUGGAAACAAAACAAAAUUGCAAAAGCCUUAGCCGCUUUCCACCUAAGAAGUUUAUUCAAUGAAGACAAUGUCCACUGGAGUUUAAAAUAACUACAUGAGUUUGGGCACAAGCAGUGACUUGAAGGAGGCCCAGCUCUCCUUUUGUAGAAACAUCUCAAGUUUAACGACAAAAAAAGCUAUUGUAAAUUUAGUCUCAGGUGUAAAUAUCAAAGCCCUCUGUUGUCAGGAGAGCUGACUCUUCUGUGUGGUGCACGUGUGUCCCUGUGAUGGCAAUCAUUUUAGCUGCUGGCCUUCAGAAGAAGCGAGGAUCUGAUGGAGGUUUUUUAUGUAUUUAUUUUCUGUUCACCCUGUGUCAAAAUUUAUAAAGAGAAAACAGGCAUUACUGAAAUGGUACUUUCUGUAAUUUGAUACUAUUUGGUUUAAACAUCUUCACUUUAAUACUUGUAAUAUUGUGGUAAUGGUAACUCUGUUAAGUACCCAAGCUGCUUGUCUUCCACCAAAGAGUGCUUUAUUAACAAGAAUCUGUGAAAACCGUGUUUGAGGACUGUUGGAUGUUGUGAUACAAAGUGGUACUUUGGCAGCCGAAUUUGCAAGAGAACAUGAGUGGUAGCUUUAGAAGACUCAGGAGGGGACGCUGCCUUCAGAGUCGGAAGAUUGUUGUAAGUCAUUCCUCUUUAUGUCAUUGAGGGACUGGAGCAUGCCAAGGCUGCCCACGAUUUGGUUGCCCAGUCAUACAAAUUAAAAUCCUGUUUCCUUCCACGCAUGAUUAAAAAAAAAACACUGUUGGUGUUUUCCCUUGGAAACAGCCAUCCCAAAUAACGAUGGCUAAAAAAAAAAAGUACUGCUUUAUUCAGGUUUUUCUCUGUAACAUUGUGGGUUUCUUUUUUUAUGUGAUCAGCCUAAGGCCAUUCACACACCCUUUGAUUUCAGUGACAGUUACUAGCAUCUGGAUUUCAGUUGUUUGUAAAUAAGAGACUCACUGUUGCCUUUGGUUGGGGAAUACAACUAACUCUUUUCAGUGUGCCUUCGCCCCUCCACCCUCCAGAAACACAGCAGAGUCUGUGAUAUAAAGCAAUCACAAAAACUAUUUAUUUGCUGCUAAAACAAAAAACGGGGGCCCAAAAUAAAAGAAUAUUUUGCAGUCACCUUGGUUACCUCCACAAUAAGAAGUGAAUGGUUUUAGUUAUUGUUAACCAAUUUUUGCCUAUCCUAGAAUGGAGAGCAGGAGAUACAAUAUGGAAAGGCAACAGAAGGCAAAUGCCUUCACCUUACAAGAUGAAUGAAUCAGGCGAGUAAGCAAUUCCUUUUGUUAAAAAGCUACCUUUUUAACAAAACUAUGAGGAGUAAGAAGCGAUUGAAAUAAACAGAUUUUACUCUGUUAAUGCAAAAAGUUACUGGAAGGCCGUGGCUCCAUUUCGAUAUUUACUCUCUUGGAGUAAAUUAUAAGAUUGACUGGCUUCGAGGGGAGAUGGUGCCAUCAUCUUGGUCAAACAGGCGGCUCUUCCCUAUCAGGUGGUAUGGGGGUGUGUCAUGCCAACUUUUAAACGCUGGGGACUAGAUCUCAGAAAAAAAAGUGGUUUUCUAUCCCUGGAAGUGAAUAGACACAAAGACCCACUUACCUGAUGGGAAGACCUCUCUUCACUAAGCUCUGGGUGGGAGGAGAAACAUUCCAUUAGUUGUCUCGUGCUAGGAGACAAUAAUAUUCAGACUAUGCCCUUGCAUAAAACAUUGAAUUCUCAGGGCAAUUCUUCUUCCCUUGACAUCUUUGAAGGCCAUUUCCUGCAUAAAUAAUCCAGGUAGUUAUGAAAAUCAAACUUCCAUCAGAACUUUUCCUGGUUUGGCUGUUUAUUACAUCAGAACAAGUUAAAUGUGCCGUCUCCCUCCCAGUGAAUAAGCCAUUUGAUGUCUUGGCCAAGAGUGUAAAAAUCUGGGCUUCAGUGUUAACCACAGUACUUUUUAUUUUACAAAUUGCCUUUUUGUGUCAGCUGCUCAAGUUUCCAGCUAGAAUUGCUAUCACUGUGGCUCUUUCUAAAAAAUCUUGUUAUUUAACAGGCUCACUAAAGUGAGUCCCAGGAAACUGUGAUUUGAUAAAGGAGCAGUCCUUGGAACACAGCAAGGACUUGGGGUAGUGCUUCCGGUGGAUUUCAUAGCACACUAUUAUUAAAUGUACUGGAGGGCAUUUCUAGAAUCCAGGAAGUCUCUGGGUCUGAUGGAAAGUUCUUUCUGCUAUGAAUAAGAGUGGACUUUUUUUUCCCCCAAUGGAAACUUCAACACACCCAGAAUCUCCUGAGAUUCUAACUUCAAGUCCUUGUCAUAGAAAGACCCUGUUGCUAUGGAAUAUGAAAUAGGGCACGUCAGAUGGAGAGAUUCCUUUAAACUUAAGAGCCUUAAAUAGCUUUGAAAGUACACCAAGACUGUUUCUUUGAAAUUAGCAUUAGAAAUGCAUGUUUUUAGGUGUCCUUGAAGCUUUUUGGGGACUCGUGUCCAAAGUCCAAGACAGUCCAAAGGAAGGGUGUCUGCAAAACUGGGUACCUAGAAGUAUAGACAGACUUCUCUUUUGUAAUGCUAAAGAAAAACUAGAAAUCUCUCUGAGCUGUCUGUGAAGAGGGGUUAAUCCUGAGCAGUGCCUCACUGAAACACGUAGCCUGCCUUGUCCACAUAGCCGCGUCUGGGCGGCAUGCUGCUCUGCUAGUCUCCAGCAUCUUUCUGCUCUCAGCCUGGCCCUGUUUGCCUGUCACCCACCUGCUUUCUUCUCUGCCCUCCUGCCCUCUCACAGGGGUCAUUCAUUCCUACCUCUUUUCUUGGGCCCAGACAAUUUUUAGAGGAGUUCCCAAGAGUGCUUGUGAGGCGAAUAUGUUUGCCCUUGGAGCCCAAUGGCCAGUUCUGUGUGCCCUGCGGACCGUCAGGCCUUCUGGGUGGUGUUGUGCCAAGAGCUUCUGGAAGCUUCCCUUUGCUUGAAUCACCACCAUUCAUGACAAAUGAGCAAUGCGCUCUUUUGAUGUUUGUUCUAAAAGUAGCUUAACUGUUCCUCUUCAUACAUUUUUUAAAGUAAUUGCAUCUUGGAAAGCAGUGCUCAUGAAAAACAACUUUAAAAGCAUAUUUUGAUUCUUUAAUAGCUAUCUCCCGCUAAAACUGUCCUGGUAAGGCUAGCUGCUGCUCUUCCAUUUCUCCUAAAUCUGAGUAUUCCUCAUGUUCCUAAGUGGAAAUACUACAGAUAUAUUUAAAAGACUGGACAAUUUAUCUAUACUGUGUAAGAAAUUACCUCCUUAACUGCCCAGUAGAAUAACUGUCAGCAGGUAUGUUCAUCUGAUUAUAGUACUGCAGUUUUAUAUUAAUAAUUUGCAGACUUUUAUCUAACCUGCACUCAUGUACAGAUUAUUAAAAAGUUUUAAAAUGUAACUGAUUAAUCAGUAUUUGGUCAUUGUCUUGAUUUUUUAUUAAAAUGUAUAUUUCUAAUCAUAUUUUAUAAAGCCAAGAGAACUGGUUGAAUGAAUGUUUAUUUUCCUGAAGGUAUUUUUAAGAUAAAGCUUCAUAAUGGCGUGUAAACUUUGCAUAUCUAUGUAGUUUGAUACGUAUUGUCGAGUUUGAAAAUCUUGUGUAUUGUAACUGGUUUUAUACGAAAUACUGAAUAGUGAAAAUUGUAUAAUUAUAAUCAUAUAAUUAAAAGUGUUAACCAAACAGC